CUCCCUCAUAGCCCAUUGUACUCAUCAUCUUCAGUUGUAAUUGCUCUCUUGUGUCAUCACAUGCAAAUGAAGGAGGUGGUGAGAGACAAAGUAUAUAAACAGGGAAUAGUCUUGGUCUCAGUACCUUGUUGUUCCCUCAGCUUGCCUCAGCAUCUCUGAUCUCCCUCCUCCACCCACCAACGCUACCAAAAAUGGCCUUCGCUGGAAGAUGGGAAACUGAGACCCAGGAGGGAUACGAUGCGUUCUGCAAGGUGCUCGGCAUUCCAGACGAUAUCAUCGAGAAGGGUCGUGACUACAAAAUGAUCACAGAGGUCACCCAGGACGGCAAUGACUUCAUCUGGACCCACUUCUAUCCUGCCAAUGCCAAGGUCACCAACAAGUUCACUGUUGCCAAGGAGUGCGACAUGGAGACCAUCGGAGGGAAGAAAUUCAAGGCUACGGUGCAAAUGGAAGGAGGCAAGCUAAGCGUGACCUUCCCCAACUACCACCACACCUCUGAGAUCAGCGGAGGCAAGCUCAUCGAGAUCUCCAAAGCCGGCUCUGUAGUGCUGAAGAGAACCAGCAAGAAGAUCUAACUGCUGAUUGAUCUUUGACAUCUCACACAGUUACAAUGGAGACCUCACAACUAUCAUCCAUCCA